AGGCUGCUGAGUUCGAUCGAUCCAUUGUAGUAAUUAAUUCUGAGCAAGCAAGCUAGCUAGCUGCUCUCAAACGCCACAGAUCUACGUACAUUGAUUAGGGACACAAGGAUCCAUAUCCAUGGCGGCGGCGGCUGCUUUCUCCUCCACCACCUCCAUCGCAGCGCCGGCCUCGACGCCGGGCAUCUUCCUCGGGAAGAAGAAGCUCAUCAGGAAGCAGCAGCACGUGCACAAGAGGAGCUGCCGUGGCCAUGGCAGGGGGUUGUUGUGCAGCAGAGUCUUCGCCUAUAAGCAGCAGGAGGUGGACGAGGCGAAGCAGACCGACUCCGACAGGUGGAAGGGCCUGGCCUACGACAUCUCCGACGACCAGCAGGACAUCACCAGGGGCAAGGGCCUCGUCGACUCCCUCUUCCAGGCGCCCAUGGGGGACGGCACCCACGAGGCCGUGCUCACCUCCUACGAGUACAUCAGCCAGGGCCUCAGGCACUACAGCUUCGACAACACCAUGGACGGCUACUACAUCGCGCCGGCCUUCAUGGACAAGCUCGUCGUCCACAUCGCCAAGAACUUCAUGGCCCUGCCAAACAUCAAGGUUCCCCUCAUCUUGGGUAUCUGGGGAGGCAAGGGUCAAGGAAAAUCCUUCCAGUGUGAGCUGGUCUUCGCCAAGAUGGGCAUCACCCCCAUCAUGAUGAGCGCCGGAGAGCUUGAGAGCGGCAACGCCGGUGAGCCCGCCAAGCUCAUCAGGCAGCGUUACCGUGAGGCCGCCGACAUCAUCAAGAAGGGCAAGAUGUGCUGCCUGUUCAUCAACGAUCUCGACGCCGGUGCCGGUCGCAUGGGCGGCACCACCCAGUACACGGUGAACAACCAGAUGGUGAACGCCACCCUGAUGAACAUCGCCGACAACCCCACCAACGUGCAGCUCCCCGGAAUGUACAACAAGGAGGAGAACCCCCGGGUGCCCAUCGUGGUCACCGGCAACGACUUCUCCACCCUGUACGCGCCGCUGAUCCGUGACGGUCGUAUGGAGAAGUUCUACUGGGCUCCCACCCGCGAGGACAGGAUCGGCGUGUGCUUGGGCAUCUUCCGCACCGACGGCGUACCCCAGGAGGACGUGACCAAGCUCGUCGACACCUUCCCCGGCCAGUCCAUCGACUUCUUCGGCGCGCUGCGUGCCCGGGUGUACGACGACGAGGUCCGCAAGUGGGUCGCCGAGACGGGCGUGGAGAACAUCGGCAAGAAGCUCGUCAACUCCAAGGAGGGCCCUCCCAAGUUCGAGCAGCCCAAGAUGACGAUCGAGAAGCUGCUGGAGUACGGGCACAUGCUGGUGGCGGAGCAGGAGAACGUCAAGCGUGUGCAGCUUGCCGACAAGUACCUCAGCGAGGCGGCUCUUGGUGAGGCUAACGAGGACGCCAUGAAAACUGGCGCCUUCUUCAAGUAGAAAUGUAGAAAACCAACCUCUUGCCAUUGAUCGAAUUGCUAGGCGGCCAAUUAAGUUUGCAAGAUUGAUGUUUUACUCUUCUUUGUACUAAUUAAUUAAUUAAUUAAUUAAAGUGCCGGCCGGAUCUGGCCAAGCGAUAGCUGGGCAUGAAAA